AUGGCUGAAUUGACAACAAUGAAAUAUAAUGGCCACCGAGGAGUUCAGGAUCACAUCCUCAAUAUGGAGGAAGUGAGGUUGACGGAGGAAGGACGUCAAACUGCAUUGCCUGUAACUCAUGGAGCUAUAAAGAAAAAGAAGGUACCUUCUACUACUUCGUGGAUUGACUCUGGGGCCACGACCCACAUUACAAAUGACAUGCAGGGAUACCUCUCAACUAGGAAACUGAAGGAAAGUGAAAGAUUUGUCUAUAUGGGGAACCGUCUCAAAGCUGAAGUCGUAGUUGUAGGAACUUACCGACUGAUCUUAGAGACAGCAGAGGCAAGAAUCUUCAAUCCACAAGAGAAAAAGUUGGACUCAAGAACAAUAUCUGGAUAUUUUAUUGGUUAUCCAGACAAGUCUAAAGGGUACAAAUUUUAUUGUCCUAAUCACAGUACGAGGAUAAUGGAGACUGGUAAUGCUAGAUUCCUAGAGAAUGGUGAAAUUAAUGGGAGUGAGAAAACACGAGUGGUGAGUUUCAAGGAAAUUAGGGUGGAUGUGCUAACAUUUGACCCUCAUCGAAAAAUUGUUGUUCCUCAGACUAUUCCACAGGCUGAGGGAAACGAACAACAUAAUGAAAAUCCGUCACCACCUCAUGUUUCACCACUUCAUGAAGAUACCACCAUUGAAAAUAUUGAAUCUGAUUUUGAUAUUGGGAUUAACAAAGAUCCAGUCUCGUUGUCACAAGCCAUGAAUAGUGAUGAUUCUUCUAAAUGGGUCAAUGCUAUAAAUGAAGAGUUAAAAUCCAUGGAAUAG